AUGCUCCUCUGGACAGCUCUUCUCCUGCUUUCAGCCUCCUGGGCUGGAGUCUGUGCCCAAGAGCUUGAUCAACGGCUCCAGCAGUUACUCAGCGACAGGCUGUACCAAACUAAUCUCAGAGGCCCGCGAUGGACGGGUAGCGACAACCAGAACACACUAACGGACUCUGUUGCAAGAUCCAUGCGAAUUGCAGGUCUGACAGUCGACACGCUAAAUUAUACUAUCAAUAGAUGGGAUGCGCGAUGGUGGUCACUCACACUUAAUCUUCGUAAUGGUUCCUCUAUCGCACUGCCUACUACAGGAUACUGGCCGUACAGUGGCGAUAGCGGGUUGGAGGGAGUUACAGCACCUAUGAUCGACGGAGGAACUUUUGGUCUCUAUCCAGAUGAGACUGCCGAUGAAAGCACGCUCAACCUAACUCAGCUCCGGUCAGAAACUCCUGGGACUGUUCUGUUUUUCGACAACCCAAGUCCAACAAGGAACUAUUCAUUACCUGGUUAUAGCUUACUUGGGUAA